AUGUGUGGGCCAAAGGACACUGCAGAAGUAGCAGGAGAGGAUAACUCGACAAUCACGGAUGAUAGCCACUAUGAAGGAGCAGAGGAUGACUCGAGAGUCAUAGGUGAUAGCCAGUCCGAGAGCUUGUCUGCUGUAACUCCAGUCCAGGGGGAAGAAGUUUCAGACGUUGAAACAGUAGAUGAUGUAGAGAACGACAACCAGAACAAGGUUGACUCUGUAGAUGGGGCAUCAUCUCCUGCUAGUAGCAUAGAACAAGAAAAUGACGAACAGGAAAAGGACAAGGCAGGAGGCAGCGAGGAGAGAGACAAUGAAGAUAAACCAGCAGUAGGCGGUACACUGUCAGCUACCCCACCCCAGUCUUCUCUUGACUCGGGACCCAGCAUAGCCAAUCCUGGUCAAACACCAGAAAAAGCCCCUGAAACACCAGUUGAGGAUGUCGGUGAAGACGGGGCAUCUCACGCAGAGAGUGACACCCAGACAGUAGAGGCACAGUCUUCAACCGGUACCGUUAACCCCUGUGCAGAGUUCGCGGCAAUCUUCUGGCGAGAGAUGUCAGAGGCAGAGGCUAAUCCAGAGCCAACUCAAACUCCACCCUCAACUGUGUUUCCAUCGAUAUCUACAGCAUUGGCUGAAACGAAUCCCUCAACAAAACCCUCACUGACCGUGUUUGGAAGUCAGGUGCACCAGACCCCGCCCGCUGGUCCUGAAACCACACCCACACCACAAGUACAGUCUUCAGUCGAGCCCUCAUCGUCACCUCAGGGGUCUAAGGCACAGCUUCAGCUAGUCCCCACACAUGCAGUGAGCUCUACGAGUAACACUGUGGGAACCGGUGCGCAGAAGCCCACUGACACUACACCAGCUGUAGUAGUGAGCACAGCUAAAACCACUGUCCACGUUUCUCCCUCCAUUUCCACCUCGCUCUCUCCCUCCGUCUCGGCCGCGCCUCCUGCACCAACAGCCACCGCUCCCCAGCUCCCUCCGGGCUACCAGCCCGUCAUCCAAGUCACCCCCAGUGGGCCCGUGGUGACCCUCAUACACACCUCCCAACUCAAACUUGCGUCUCUCCAGCUCUCCCAGCAAGCAGCUGCAGCUGCCUUGGCUGCAGUCGCCGAAAAUAAGAAAGCAGGUGCAAUUAUCCCUCCGUCUCCUGCUGGACCGACCGGCAAAGCUGUCACGUCAAAGUUUGAAUCUCCCGAGAAGAGGCCGGUUUUGACAGGCGGGCGUCCGGAAACACUGCAGCGAGGUUCCGGGACCUCUCCGCUGACAUCGGUCCAGAGGAUCGCGGUCCCAAAGCCACAGACAUUCGAGUCAAUGCAGGCGGUGAGGAUUCAUCCGGAGCAGAGGGAUCUCCCGGAGGUCGCCGGGGUGGGAUCCCAAACAGAGCCCACCACCGCUGGAGGAGGAGGAGAAGGGGCGUCUUCUUCCCAGUCGGACACCCCGCAGUCGUCUCAGUUAAAAAUACCCAUCGCGGCCGUCUCUUCUCUUUCCUCACCUUUGCUUUUGUCGAGGAGCCAGGUCAAUCACGAAGCGAACUCGGAGAAAGUGUCGCCUCAGCAGUUGUCAGCUCCGGUGGCUCACGUGCCCGUCGUACAAAGGGCGGGGUUGGAGGAGCGGGCAGAGGGAGGAGGGAGAAAGGAGGCGGAGUCAGAGGGGACCGAAGGAAACAGAGUGGAUGGAGUCAAGAUAGCUGAGAAGUUGAUGGUCCAGAAGGCAGAAAUUCUCGGAUCAUUUGGGACAUCGGGGCGAGAGGACUUCCAGCCGAAGCAUAUCUCGACCAUUCAGUGCCAUACCGGUUCGUCGUCAACGACAACGGGGACCAAAUCUCCCCAGGUUGCCGUGAUACCACCUCUGGUCGACCUCACCAAGGUGACCUCUGACUCGGACAACGGCAAAAAGGACGACAAGUCUAAAGAAUCUUCCAGUGAAAAGCAACCGGUGAUCAGAAGGUUUUGGACCACAUCUUGGACACCCCUCAAUGUGAACGACCUGGAGUUCAUAGGGUCCGACUCAAAGGGCAACCUGUACUGGUACGACGGAGGACGCAACAUGUUCCUGUCGCCUCCCCACCCCGACCACCGACACAAACCAAGGGAAGCCGACAUGCAGUUGGUGUGCAAGUCAAUGGUACAGUGGACGACAAAACUCAAGUAAGUUUAUAAUAAGAUCAUAAUGUUGUGGCACUAGUGUGCGAGCAGUUCGGCAAUAAUUCUCUGUGCGCGUGCCACUCGCAAAUGGCGGUACAUUAUUCUUAAGCAUGCGUUUUAGCAAAGGCCUGCAGCAUCGAAUUUAUCGGUGCUAAAGUUCCACCGCGGUGAAUUCUUCGGUAGUGUUCCACGUGCAUUUCCGGUCGUGACAGCGCGCAUGUGAACAGUCAAGGACGAACCCUAGAACAACAUUCCCACACAAACAGAUGAACUGUGCAAUUGAGUACACUGUUCAUCAGUGAAUGUUUUUUAUCGUAAACUACUACAGUAUUAUCCCUGCAUAUUUCUCUGCUCUGCACUUACAAAUAUUUGCAACCUUAUACACAACCUCAGUGCAGCCACUUGUGUCGUUAUAAACGAGACUUUUGAAUGGCCUGUAUGUCACUGUGAAACUGAAACUUGUAGCCCACACCAUGUGCUUUAUGUAUUCAGAGCUGUGUAGCUCCAGAGAUUUAUUGCAAUCAG